UUCCAGGUUCCAGACCAAGCAGCAUGUCCGGCAUCGCGCAGACCCUGCUGCACAAGCGGGACCGGGACAGGGGCGUCGGCUCCAACAGCCAGGCGCUCAAGUACCUGAACCAGGAUUACGAGAGUCUGCGCGCGCUCUGCUUCGAGACCGGCUGCCUUUUCCAGGACGAGACCUUCCCGGCGCUCCCAUCCUCCCUGGGAUUCAAGGAACUGGGCCCCGGUUCCUACAAGACCCGGGGGGUGUCCUGGCAGAGACCCACCGAGUUGACCUCUGACCCCGAGUUCAUUGUAUCCGGAGCCACCAGGACCGACAUCUGCCAGGGAGCGCUGGGUGAGACACACACACAAACAAACAAACAAACAAAUUAACAAACACACACAUAUCUCCGG